AUGCCGAGGGACCUUCCCCAGGGUGGCCCCAUCACCAUGCGUGUCCCCGCAGUCUCGGUGAUGCACAUCGAGGGGGUACGCGAGGGCCACCAGUCAGAGGGUCUACGCAAGUAUGGUGCCGCCUUCCCCGAGCGGCACUGCUUCACCCUCGUCUUCAAGGGCAAGCGCAAGAACCUUGACCUGGCGGCCCGGGGCGAGGAGGAUGCCCGCCACUGGGUGCGAGGGCUCACCAAGUUGAUGGGGCGGCUGCAAGCCAUGAGUCAACCGGAGAAGCUCGACCACUGGAUCCACGGAGUCCUGCAGCGAGCGGACAGGAACAAGGACAACAAGAUGUCCUUCCGGGAGGUGAAGAGCAUGCUGAGGAUGAUCAACAUCGACAUGGAUGAUGUCUACGCCUACAAGCUCUUCAAGGAGUGCGACCGCUCGGGCGAUGAGCGGCUGGAGGGCCGGGAGCUGGAGGAGGUUUGCCGACGGCUGCUGGAGGAGUUUUGCCGACGGCUGCUGCAGCGGCCGGAGCUGGAGGAGCUUUUUGGGCGUUACUCGGGUGAGGACCGUGUCCUGUCGGCCGAGGAGCUGCGGGAUUUUCUACAUGAUCAGGGCGAGGAUGCCAGCCUGCGCCAGGCCCACACCAUCAUCCACACCUAUGAGCUCAACGAGAAGGCCAGGCAGCAGGACCUGAUGAUGUUGGAUGGCUUCAUGAUGUACCUCCUCUCGGCCGCCGGUGACAUCCUCAACCAGGAGCACACCAAGGUGCACCAGGACAUGAGCCAACCCCUGUGCCACUACUUCAUCUCCUCCUCCCACAACACCUACCUGACCCGUAACCAGAUUGGUGGCACCAGCAGCACCGAAGCCUAUGUCAGGGCGCUGAUGGCGGGAUGCCGUUGUGUGGAGCUGGACUGCUGGGAGGGCUCUGACGGGGAACCCAUCGUUUACCAUGGCCACACGCUCACCUCCAAAAUCCUCUUCCGUGAUGUCAUUGAGAGCAUCCGUGACUACGCCUUCAAGCAAUCCCCCUACCCCGUCAUCCUGUCCCUGGAGAACCACUGUGGGCUGGAGCAGCAGGCCACCAUGGCCCGGCACAUGAAGAACAUCCUGGGGGACAUGCUGCUGACGCAGCCGCUGGAGGGGCAGGACCCCCACGACCUCCCAUCCCCGGAGCAGCUGAAGGGGAAGGUCCUGGUGAAGGGCAAGAAACUGCCAGAGCCGUGGCAUGAGCCCCGGGGUGUCACCUCCCUUAUGGACCCCGACGAGGAGGAAGAGGAGGAGGAGGAAGAGGAAGAGGAGGAGAAGCUGCAGGAGAGAAGCAGCAGGCAGGACGCAUCACAGGUGGCCCCAGAACUGUCGGCUGUGGUGGUGUACUGCCAAGCUGUCCCCUUCCCCGGCCUGGCCCAUGCCCUGCGCCACCCCCGGCCCUGCGAGAUGUCCUCCUUCAGCGAGAGGAAGGCUCGGAAGCUCAUCAAGGAGGCGG